GUUCAACAUCACUAUCACCAUUUACACCAAGAUGCUGAGAUUAUUGGUUGCUCUUGUUGUUGUUGCCCUGGCUGCUGCCAUCAGAGAAGAUCUGAAUGGAGAAUGGGAAAUCUUCACUGAUACAUAUGGCAAGAAAUACGCCAGUGAAGCUGAUUCUCAGAUGAGACGAUUAAUCUGGGAAGAUAAUCUGAAAUUCAUUCAACUUCACAAUCUGAGAGCUGAUAGAGGUAUCCAUACUUACUGGUUAGGUAUGAACUCAUAUGGUGAUUUGACACGAGAAGAAAUCAUUACCAGAAUGAACGGUUACAGAAUGAGAAACAAGACUCUUGGUGCUACUUAUUUACCACCCACCCAUACCAACGACCUUCCCACCAGUGUUGACUGGAGACAACAAGGAUACGUUACACCAGUUAAAGAUCAGAAACAAUGUGGUUCAUGUUGGGCUUUCUCCACAACUGGUUCAUUAGAAGGUCAACAUUUCAAGAAAAAUGGACAACUUGUAUCCUUAUCUGAACAGAACUUGGUUGACUGUUCCAAACCAGAAGGUAAUCAUGGAUGUGGUGGUGGUUUAAUGGACAAUGCUUUCGAAUACAUCAAAACCAAUGGCGGUAUUGAUACAGAAUCAAGCUACCCAUACAUGGCUAGAGAUGGCCGAUGCCGAUUCAAGUCUAGCAACGUCGGUGCCACUGAUACAGGUUUCACAGAUGUCAAACGAGACAGUGAAUCAGAUCUUCAAUCAGCUGUUGCUACAGUUGGCCCAGUAUCAGUCGCCAUUGAUGCCAGCCGAUCCACCUUCCAUUUCUAUAAGACUGGUGUCUACAGCGAUACCGAAUGUAGCAGUAUCAGAUUAGAUCAUGGUGUUUUGGCUGUUGGUUAUGGAACUGAAUCUGGAAAUGAUUACUGGUUGGUCAAAAACAGCUGGGGAGAAUCGUGGGGUAUGGAAGGAUAUAUCAUGAUGUCUAGAAACAAGAAUAACCAAUGUGGUAUUGCAACUCAAGCCAGUUAUCCAAUGGUUUAAAUAUCGUCUAGUCUAGGCUAUAUCAUUAUUGUAUUGCUCAAUAAAUACUAAAUUUCAU